UCUCCUCAGGCUCGUCAGUGCGGGCGAGAGCGCUGCUAAACAUGGCGUCGGACGGAAUGAUUUUAACUAACCACGACCACCAAUUCCGAGUUGGAAUAUUAACAGUGAGUGACAGCUGCUUCAGAAACCUUGCUGAGGACCGCAGCGGAAUCAACCUCAAAGAUCUCGUCCAUGACCCAUCCUUGCUCGGAGGCAUAAUCGCUGCAUACAAAAUAGUCCCCGAUGAGAUUGACGAGAUCAAGGAGACACUGGUGGACUGGUGCGAUGAGAAGGAGCUCAACUUGAUUCUAACCACCGGUGGAACGGGCUUUGCUCCCCGUGAUGUCACACCUGAGGCCACCAGAGAGGUGAUCGAGCGCGAAGCUCCAGGGAUGGCUCUAGCCAUGCUCAUGGGUUCCCUAAAUGUCACACCGCUCGGCAUGCUGUCCAGACCCGUAUGUGGCAUCAGAGGCAAAACCCUUAUCAUUAAUUUACCUGGGAGCAAAAAGGGCUCACAGGAGUGCUUCCAGUUUAUCUUACCCGCUCUGCCUCACGCCAUCGACCUGCUGAGGGACGCUGUCGUGAAGGUAAAGGAGGUACAUGACGCCCUGGAGGACCUGCCAUCUCCUCCUCCACCUCUCUCCCCUCCACCCACCACCAGCCCACACAAGCAGACAGAAGACAAGGGUGUGCAGUGUGAGGAAGAGGAUGAGGAGAAGAAAGACAGUGGUGUGGCGUCCACAGAAGACAGCGGCUCCUCUCACAUCACAGCAGCGGCUAUAGCGGCUAAGAGCAUGAAGUCCCAUUCCAGCCAUGCUGUUUUAAUGGCGAAAGGUGGGCGGCCCCUGAGCGGCUUCAUCCCGCCCACUUACAUUCCCUCCCAUUUCACCUGCUCAUGCAGCGACUCGAUACCAGAAUCCAUCAUUUCACGAGGCGUGCAAGUGUUACCGCGGGACACCGCCUCUCUCAGCACUACGCCUUCUGAAUCUCCUUGUGCUCAGCAGUCCCGCCUCUCCACUGCCUCCUGUCCCACCCCAAAGGCCCGGCUCACCUCCUGCUCAUCCACUUAUAGUGUCACAGAGGCCUCACGGAGAGAGUUCAGGGCUCACCUGGAUGAUGUCAUCACGCUCAAGUCAAGGUACUCUACCUUGGACCAGCUCCACUCUAGGCUGGAGGGGCUCAAAGAUGAUCGCAGGAACCAUAGGACCUUCGACUCGCGAGUCCAGUCGCGAUGCAGCAGCAAGGAGAACAUCUUGAGAGCAAGUCACAGCGCAGUGGACAUCACGAAGGUAGCUAGGAGACACCGCAUGUCCCCUUUCCCACUCACUUCUAUGGACAAGGCCUUCAUCACUGUGCUGGAGAUGACUCCUGUCCUGGGAACCGAAAUCAUCAACUACAGAGGGCCCAGCGCAGGUGACAUGGCCCCUCCGGCACGAAAAGGCGUCUGGCACCAGAGUGGCUCAAGCUGGCGGAAAAUGCCUCUCUGUUCUGGCCCUGAAACAAAGACAGAGUCGAGGUCCUUGGCCAGUGCUGGCCACACCCCCAGGUAUUGCACAGAUGGAAUGGGUCGCGUUUUGGCUCAGGACGUCUACGCCAAAGACAACUUGCCACCUUUCCCUGCAUCAGUUAAAGAUGGCUACGCCGUUCGAGCUGCUGAUGGCCCUGGAGAUCGUUUCAUCAUUGGGGAGUCUCAGGCCGGGGAGCAGCCCUCUCUCACAGUCAUGCCAGGGCAGGUAAUGAGGGUAACAACAGGUGCUCCUAUCCCAUGUGGUGCUGAUGCCGUUGUGCAGGUAGAAGACACAGAACUUCUACGAGAGUCUGAAGAUGGUACAGAGGAGCUGGAGGUGAGGAUUCUGGUUCAGGCACGUCCAGGACAAGACAUCAGGCCAAUAGGACAUGAUAUAAAGCGAGGAGAGUGCGUGUUGUCUAAAGGCACUCACAUGGGCCCGUCUGAGAUUGGGCUCCUGGCCACUGUAGGAGUCACAGAGGUGGAAGUGCAGAAAUUCCCAGUUGUAGCAGUUAUGUCCACCGGCAACGAGUUGUUAAAUCCGGAGGAUGAUCUACACCCAGGAAAGAUCAGGGACAGUAACCGGUCCACACUGUUGGCCACCAUCCAGGAACACGGCUACCCCACUAUUAACCUCGGGAUCGUCGGAGACAACCCAGACGACCUGCUGAAUGCCCUGAACGAGGGCAUAAGUCGUGCCGAUGUCAUCAUCACAUCCGGGGGUGUGUCCAUGGGUGAAAAAGACUAUCUGAAGCAAGUACUGGAUAUAGACCUUCAUGCUCAGAUCCACUUUGGCCGAGUUUUUAUGAAACCAGGUUUGCCUACAACAUUUGCCACCUUAGACACUGACGGUGCCAGAAAACUGAUUUUUGCCCUUCCAGGUAACCCAGUGUCAGCUGUUGUAACCUGUAAUCUCUUUGUCAUCCCUGCAUUAAGAAAAAUGCAGGGGAUUUUGGACCCAAGACCCACCAUCAUCAAAGCCAGGCUGUCCUGUGAUGUAAAGUUGGAUCCACGUCCAGAGUAUCAUCGCUGUAUACUGACAUGGCAUCACCAGGAACCACUGCCCUGGGCACAGAGCACAGGAAACCAAAUGAGUAGUCGGCUAAUGAGCAUGCGCAGUGCCAACGGCCUUCUGAUGUUGCCUCCGAAAACAGAGCAAUACGUGGAGCUGCACAAGGGCGAAGUUGUGGACGUCAUGGUCAUUGGGCGGCUAUGAUGUCGUCUUUAGGGGACAGACCAAGUGAAGAGCAAGACAGUGGUGCAUGUCCACAUAUCAUUACUAUUCUGUAAUAUGCAACGGCACAGCUAGUUUUUAUUGAUUUGGAAAAAGUUGAUCCAGUAUAAUCAACGUUUCAAAUAAAGAUUAAUACGUGAAUAAAUGAAAAUACGACUUGGAAGACAUCAUAGUAUUGCAAAGAGAGAAAAUAUUAUACCUUUUAAAGUGAGAAUAUAUAUAUAUAUGAAAUAUAAGAGAUUUAUUCUGUAAUAUAUUGUUAUAAUUAUUAUGAUUAUUAAUAUAAUGAUGACUAUUAUCAUAUUAAGCUACUCUGUUCUCUUUUAUUGCAAUUGCUUUGUGUGUUCAAUGCUAGAACUUAUAGAUAGCGGUAGCAUUUUAAUAGACAGCUGUUGGCACCUGUCCACACAUCCAUCAGAAAGCUUAUUUUCUCAUCGGUAGAAAAUGUGCCACUGAGGGAUGAAAAAAUCUUAAAACAUUUACAACAGAGACCCCUUUGGACUCCUGACAGAAACGUGGAUCUUUUCAUCUCUCCUCAAAGUGCACCAAGGUGACCCAGCUAUCUUUCCCUUUAGUAUUAUAUGCUCCAUAAAGACUUCAUUAUGCUUCAUAAAGGGUUUACAAAACCGCUUUGCUUGUCGUUUAAAUUGUGAGUCGUGUUUAUGUGCGCGGUGCCAAAAGCCAGUGCUGUGGGGGGUGAGGUCUUGUGGUUAUGGCUGUGCAAAGCAGUGGGUGCUGCUGGGUAACACAGAUUUUGUACAGAUCCUCGAAACACCGUUUUGCAAAUGAUGACCAGUCAGUGAACUUCUGACGGGUCUGUGUAAAUUCUAUGCUAUUUAAACGCACCCAGAGACUUAUCCUGUGCUACAGGCUACCUUGGUCUGGAGCAGACUUCGUGAUAAACUGGCCCUCAUAGCUCUGCCCUUAUUACUCUCUAUUUUACCCACUACCCUUACAUUUAAACUCGCCCGGCCCACUCCUAGAGGCUGAGCUUCCUGGAAACAUUUAUUUCCGUACCUUCGAAGAUGAAGACAGCUUAUUUAAGUGCUGACAGCCUUUUUAAACGAAUUACAUAAAAUGUACAGUCAAAAAAACGCAAGAGUGACAUUGUACAGAUAAGUGACCAGCACUACCGAGGCAUAUACUAAGGUAUUGAAAUGAUAUUGAAAAACUCUGUACUAUAAUAUCAUUUUCUGUAAUACUGAUCAAAUACGAGAAUUAAAAUUCUUGAUGAUUAUGUAAAGACGUGGUGCAGUUUCUUUUUUAAAUAAACACAAAGCUGAUUAAAGUUUUA